AUGCAUUUUAUAAAACUACAGAAAAUAUAUUUUAAAGAAAAUAAUUCUAACUCAAGUUCUAAAAAACAAGAAGACGAGCAAAAAAAUAGACUAAAUAAUAGUAUUAUGUAUCAAAAAAAGUUCACAAAUGAAAAGCAAAAAUGUUUCAUUAAGGGUUCAUGGAAAAUACUUCAAGAUUUAAAAUAUGCACAAAACUAUAUUUUAUUAGAAAAAAGUAAUGAAAUCUAUUUGAAUAAAAAUUUAAAAGAAAACAAAGACAAGAAUAAUAUGGUAAUUUUAAAUAAUAUAAAGUUUCAUAAACAUUCUUUAAAUUUUAAGAAAAGUAACAUUGUAACUCAACACUUAGAAAAAGAUAAAAAAAAUAAAUCAGGAAAAAAUUUUGUUCAUCCUUUUGAUAACUUAAAUUAUGGAAAAUGCAACAUUACACGCGAAGAUAAAUAUAAAAAAGAAAUUCAUUACUAUUAUAAUUUAAUAAAAGUAAAAAAAAAAUUUAAUAAUUUACUAAAUGAAAAAUAUAUUGAUAAAGUAACCUUUAAUUUUUGUAAUAAUUAUUUAAAUAAAACUUUAAAUGAAUUUUUUAAGGAGCAUUUUAUUUAUAAAAAAAGGCAUUCUAAUGAAAAUUACAAAAGUUUCUAUAAUUCAAAUAAUAUUUUACUAGAUAAUAUAUCAAAAAGCGUUAAACACAAUAAGUUCAGUUUCUUAAACACAUUGUCUUGUAACAACUUUGAUAAUAAUAUUUCAAGAAAAUUUCUAAUCAGAGAAAACAUUAAAAAAAAAAAUUAUGAUUCCAAUAUUGAUGAAUUUAAAUUUUUUACAAGUAUUGAUGGUAAAUGUUACAUAAAUCGCUAUAAAAAAAUUAAAAAGAUAAAUAAUCCAUAUUUUGAUUUUCAUAAAAAUUUAAAGAUAAAUAAGGCUAAUAUAAAAUAUGCCAAAUGUUCUUAUAAUAAUAAGUCUACAUUUAAUGAAAGAAAUAUGAAUAAAAUUAAACACAAUAUCUCGUGUUUGUGGAAAAAUCCUAAUUUUAAUUUUUCUCAUAAAUUUUUAAAUAAUUCAAAAGUAAGUAUAAAUAAUGAUAUUCUUAAAAUUAAAAGAGUUGAAGAAAAAAGUAAAACAUAUAAAAAUGGAACAUUAAUAAAUUCUAAGGGAGAAAAAAAAGAAAAUGAGCCAUUAAUAAGUAUUAUAAGGAAAAUUGAUGAAAAUUUAGAAAGUAACAAAAUAGAAAAUAAAAUAAAAAGAGAGUUUAUAAAAAAAAGUAAAGACAAUAAUAAAACUGUUAAUCAAAAAAUUUAUAAAAAAAAAAAAUUUUAUAAAGAAUGUAGAAAAAAGGGGGAAAAAUACUGCAUGUAUAAUUCUAAAAGUGUUGAUAUAGUAGAUGAAAAAGCUGAUAUUAUUAAAGAAAAUAUUAAAACGGAAAAUGAUAUAUGUAAAAAAACUUUAAGUAAGGUAAAAAUAUAUAACUCUAUAAAAGAAAGAGAAUUAAUUGAUAAAAAAAUGAAACUAAACAAAAUGAAAAAUAAUAUAUUAAAUGAAAAUUUUAAACUUAAAGAGAAAAGACAUUAUUCUCAUAAUAAUUUUUUAGGAAAUUUUUAUUGUAUAAAUAAAGUAAGAAUUAAAAAAGAAAAAAAUAAUAAAAAUAUAAUGAACGAUUUAGGAAAACAAAACAAAGAAAAUUUAUUUGAAAUCAAGAAGAAAAUAAAACUUAAUUUUACAUGUGUUGAUAAUUUAAAUGAAAAUUCUGCAAAUAGAAGUAAUCUUUCAUUCUCAAAAAAUAUGAAUAAUUAUCAAGCUAAUAUUACAAAAACAAUGAAUAAUAGAAUAUUUGAUGAAAAUCAUAAAAAAACAUUUCAUUCUAAUAUUGAAAAAUCCAUUAAAAACAACCAAAAAAAAUUAUUAAAAGUUAAUUUAGGAAAACUCAAAAGUGAAAAGGAAAGGAGGAUUAAUGAGAUACACAACAUAGAUAUUUUAGUAAUAAAAAAAAUGGAAAAUAAAUUUAAUGAAAAAGAAAAAAUUAUUUUUAAUCAAAAUGAAAAAAUAAAGAUACACAAGCGUCUACCCAAUUUCAAAAAAUUAAUAAAAAAAGUAAAGAAAUAUUUAUAUAUCAAUGUAAUAUUCAAAAAGAAAAAAAGAAGAAAAUAUUUAUUAAAAGACAUUCAUUUUUUAAAAAAAUAUGUAUACAAUUUUUCUCAAUUAAAAAAAAAUAUAAAUAAAAAAAAUAAUAGAAAAUUUUUAAAGAAUUCAUAUACUAAGAACAAUUUAAUUUUAAACAAAUUAUACAAAGAUAGAAGUAUCAUAAAAAAACAUGAUCAAAGUAAAUUUAAAGCAAAUAAUAAGGAUUACACAGUGAAUAAGAUGAAGAAAAAAAUAGAAAAAGAAAAAUCUUCAUUAAAAAAUUUAAAUGAUGCUGAAUGUAAAAUAUACAUUUUACUCGAAAAUUUUUCGAGUGAACGUAAAAUUAAAAGAAUGAAAUAA